AGGUAAUAAUAAAAUAAAUGACCAGUAUUUGUCUAAUAAAAUAAUACGUAUAAGUAAAUAGCUCCUUAUUCUUUACAUAUCGCGAAAACAUAUUGGACAAAUCCAUCUAAUCUAAUCUUUCAAGUAGGCAUACUUGACCUACGUCAUCAUAAAUAUUAAUCAAAUAUAGUUAGUAUAAGAUAAAUGCAACUAGUAAAUAAAUGACGGUGACAUUAACGCACCUCUUUACCGAUAAAUAAAAGCUAUUUUCAAAAAAUUAAAGCUCUACCUAAGUUUAUUUGCAAAAUUAUUCGUAACUUAAAAAGUGACAUGCUCACAGCGUUUAUUACAUUAAACUUUUUUAAUGUUAAAAAUCAUACGAGUAAUUAUUACAUAAUGCUCGUUUUUAGGGAAGACUGCUGGAUGUCCAUUACAAAACGUUUUAAAUGUGAAUGAAUUACGAAUAAAUGGUACAAAUAUGCAGUACUUUCGCACAGUUAGUGAUUGCUUUACCUAUGGAUUAACAUCGGUAUUUAGAAUAACGGCAACUCCGAAGGGUUCCCAUAAUUAGCACUUAUGUACUGCGUGCUUAAUUUGUGAAGCUCGUGUUUUGUGUUGUGGGACUGAUCAAUUUGCUAAUUGAAUUUUCAUUAUCUCGUUUUAAUUGCCGUUCAGUAGGUGACCACGUAGGAGCUUUGUGUUUAAAAGUGCUUUGGGUUACUAGUGGAGUCGUCUACUAAUGCGUUUAUCUGAAUUAAUUAUUUCUAACUUGUAGGUAAUAUAAACAAUUUAUUUUAAACGUAAGUAUUUCUAACAUGGUAGCUUAUGAAAAAUAUGUAAAAGUUAGGAAAAACGUAACCCUUUAUUCUAUUUCCAACUGCUCAGCAGGCAGGAGUAAAAUUCUGGGGGAGAACAGUUACGUUAUCUGUUGCUUAUUUAUUUAUCUUUACUUAUUUAUUGUAAUAUUGGUUGGUGAUUUAGGAAUAACACUGAAAUACGUAAAGGUUCAUUAAGGUAACUCUACAAUAAAGACAUAUGGGUACCUACACAUAGUUACAAAUAUCUUACACAAAUAUGGAACACUUUCCACCGGCCCCAGCAGCGAGCGACAUCGGCGGUGGUUAAUAGUGCAAAUUGCAGCGGCGAUCUGGAUCGUGCUUCAGCCGUGCCACAUAUGAAGUACCGCUACCAAUUAUCGCAAUUUCACACUCGAUGCUUCAAAAUGUGUGACAUUUCAAAAUCUUCGACAUAACCCUUUAUUUUUAGUUACUAGUCAGACCUAGCGGGCUUCACUCAUCUUCAGCGGUCUUCCGAUGUACAAAUAAAAACACAAUGAAACAAGUUACACUUUGUACGGUGUUAGUGUCUCUACUGAUAUACAGUUCGGAAGCUGAAGUGAAUAUACUAUCGCGUCCGUCGGUUUUUGUGGUUACCCCGUCGCCGCGGUCACAAUCAAACAAUGAAGCGCGUUCGGCUCCGUUUUACUACCACAAUUGGAUGAGAAGAAUAGAUUCGCCUCACAACGCUACCACGACCACAACGACGCCAAAGGUGAAGACCCCAGACUUAAUUUUCGCAGAAUUUGAAUCCGAUGAUGGGAACAACAUGCGAAAAUCUAUUCGAAAAUUAUUGGAACAGGAGAGAGUCGCUGCCAAGACAUCGACGACGUCGACUACCACAACCACGACCUCGCAGCCGAUAUACGUACCUGAAGAAAACGUUAAUGAUGUGGUAUAUUCAGUUCCAAAGAAGGAAAUAAGAGACGAUAACGACCAGAACAGUGAAGUGGAUAAAACAGACUAUUUCGCAUUGUAUAACAAUUUGUAUAAUUCUCCUGUGUAUUUACCCAAAACAAGCUCCACGACUUCUACGACCACUACGACAACGACAACUACGCCUGCACCAUCUAAUGUCGAAAAUAUUUGGCAUAUUAUUGAUAACGAAAGACACAAUCAGUAUGUUGAUAAAUGGGAAGAAGUGGCAAUUAAUUCAAACAAAGACGAAAAUGAUGCGACUGAAAAAUCUCAAGAAAACGUUUACACAACGACUGAAGACACUCAGGUUAAUGAAGACUUCGCCUUACCAGGAUUCGGCACGAAUCCUGGCAACGGAGCUGAAAAUGAAUCAAGAGCCAUUCGGACUGAACCUAACUUACGUUUUCCAUAUGUCAGCCUAAAACCAUUUCAAGUAAAAAACUCAAAGAAACCGAUGUACGAUGUAUAUUCCAACAGCAAAAAGACUAAUAUGUUUACGAAUUUAGACAACUUUAAGGAAAUGAAAAAUCCAGUGAGAGGGGAAGUUCAAGACACUGUACAUAUGCAACAACCAAUUGAUCGGUACAAUCCGGCACAACCUUAUUUACCAAGUGAAUAUGGAAGUAAAUCAAAGCAAUCGAGCCCUAAUUCAGCGCCACCCAAGGCGGUGGCAAGUUUGGUGCCUCCACCUCCUCCACCACCGAAAGCAACUGGAGAUGAUUUUCCAAUACCCACUAAUUACGAGUCUUUUCCACCGUAUCCUCCAUCAGGACCAUCGCCGGUCGCAGCACCAGCGCCACCACCACCUUCGCCAACACUAAGUCCUCCAGUGUCAAUGUAUCGACCUCCAGCUGAUACUUCAGAUGAUUCGGGACCGGACACGUCUGAUGACUCUAAUGAUUCUCCAAUGGACUUAGGUUAUAGAUAUAAGCCCCCUUCAUUAUCCUUCGUUCCUACUCUACCGCCUGUGAACAAACCUUUCUCUGGAUAUUCCUACGGCAAACCAGGAGGCGCUGCCGAUACACCACCAGCUAUGGCAGCUAUGGAUACUCAUGGAUAUACUUACAAGAAGCCUUCAAUGUCGUUUGACUCACCCCCGAGCAUGGAUUUGGGUGGUUAUAGUUAUAACAAACCUCAAAUGGAUUCACCGCCUGCUUCAGAUGACAAACCUGAUCUCCAUGGCUAUUACGAUAAGCCACCAGAAGACCACCACCAUCCAAGCUAUGAUCAUCAUGGUCCUCCAUCGUAUGGUCAUGACAGUGACUAUCCAGAAUUAAUAUUUAACAAACCCCACGGUGAUAUGGAUAGCGGUAAAGGUGGCAAUGAUAUGAAAGGAAAUGAUAUGUCUGUAAUGGCACCACCACCACCACCACCAUCUGAUGAAAAACCAGGAAUGGAUUCAGGACCUCCAAUGGAUGAUAGCGGUUUUCCUCAUGACUUCCCAAGCAGUUUUAAAUUCCAUCAUCAUGGUUUCGACGACGACCAUGAUUUUCAUCAUUAUCAUCAUCCCACAACAACAACUACUACAGAGACCCCUCGUGUUAACAGUUGGCGACCGAAUGACACAACAGCUUCAUUCUUCUCCAAACGAUCAGUAGACUCAUGGAAUCUUACAAACGAGAACUUACACGAAGUUACUGGGAGAGUGACGAAAGCUAUUGCUGAAGCUGCGGAAAAAUACAUGAAUGAAAAGGCGAAAACUGAAUAA